UGGCCACCACCUCCCAGCCGAGCACCCCUGCGAUCCGCGGACCCCACUCCUCGACCGACCGCUCGCCGCCAUGGUGCUGAACGCCGAGGACUGCAAGCUGCUCCACGCCACCUGGGCCAAAGUGGCAGGUGCUGCGGACGAGAUCGGCUACAAGGUGCUGGAAAGGCUGUUCAAGGUUUUCCCCCAGACCAAGGUGUACUUCUCGCACCUGGACCUGAGCCCCGGCUCCAGCGAUGUCCGCCACCAGGGCCAGAAGAUCAUCAGGGCGCUCGAUAACGCCCUCAAACACCUGGACAACAUCCACGGCGUCCUGGCCGACCUCAGCGACCUGCACGCCUACAACCUGCGCGUGGACCCCGUCAACUUCAACCUGCUGGGCAAGUGCUUCCUCGUGGAGCUGGCCACCCACCUCCAGGGCGACUACACCGCCUCGGUCUGCCUGGCCUGGGACAAGUUCUUGUGCCAGGUGAACGAAACCCUGGCCGAGAAGUACAGAUGGCCCUCCGGGGCCAGGUGCAGGGCCACGCCGCCGAGAGAGAUCGCCGCUGACGCGCUGGCCAGGAUGUUCGCGGCGCACCCCUCCACCAAGACCUACUUCCCGCAUUUCGACCUGAGCCCCGGCUCGGCCGACAUCAAGGCGCAGGGCGAGAAGGUGGCUGCCGCACUCACCAUGGCCGUCAACAACUUGGACAACCUGGACGGCGCCCUCUCGCAGCUCAGCGACCUGCACGCCCAGAAGCUGCGCGUGGACCCGGUCAACUUCGGUCUCCUGAACCACUGCAUUGCCACGAGCAUCGCCGCCAACCUCAGCGAGCCCCUCGAGCCCGCAGUGAUUCUCUCCCUGGACCAGUUCCUGGACAGCGUGGCCAAGGUCCUGCUGUCCAGGUACCGCUAGAUAAGAAGAAAGCCACACGGCUGAGCUGGAGAGGAGCGACCUGGACCCCCUUGCCCAUGUUCCCCAUCUCCCUGCCACACUCCUGCCGGCCUCCGUCAGUAUCCAAAGCUGUCUGGUACCACCUGUGGCACAGCAAUUGGCUGCUUCUCCUAGAAAGGGGCUUUUUCCCCUGUAGCAACUCCUCUGUGUGGUCUGUCCUGCUAUCAAGGCUUGGCCACUUUUAUUUCUUGAUGCUGACUUCAAGAACAACUGAGAUGUUAAAA